AUGGUUCAAGUCUCCUUCCUUUAUCGUGAGUACCACUAGUCCCACAGCCAGGACUGUCUUGAUCCUCUGUCCCUCGUGCCAUCUAGCUUACCGCUCCCACACCCGUCCUCUUGACGUCACAGCUUCUCCUUCGGCCAUUCCUUCACGUCUAUUGGCCAAUCGGUGGCCAGGCACGAGCAGCUUGGACUCAUCGGCAACCACCUCGCAAGAAGUCACGAUGGUCUUUUUAUUCGUCAUCUCCUUCGUGGGAGCCUACCAUCUCACUCUUCUCUCCUUCUCCUUCGCACGCUUCAUCCUCAGCACCUUUCUCCUUCCCGGCGUCAGUCUGAGAAAGUACAAGGCUGUCACGGGCAAGGGUAACCCUGACGCCGGUGCUGGUGCUGCGGACUCUUCUUGGGCAAUCGUAACCGGCGCUUCUGAUGGCAUUGGUGCGGAAUUCGCCAAACAGCUGGCGAAGAAGGGCUUCAAUGUGGUCUUGGCUAGCAGGACGGAGUCCAAGCUGCGCUCACUGGCCAGCGAGAUCGGUGAGUCUAGGUCGAUCGAAGAGGUCUCGGUACGUGGUCGAGGGGAGGGCAGAGUGGGUGCUGCUAGGAGGGAGCAAACACGCUGAACCGCAGUGGACACAUUUGGCGCACGUCCCUGAACCAUAGAAGAUCAAAGGCUGACCAACUGUUCCUGCGCGUGCUCUCCCACAGCUGCAUCGUCUCCUUCUGUCGAGACCAAAGUGGUGGCCAUCGACUUUGCCACUGCUGGCCCAAAGGCUGAGAAGGGAUGGGCCGACCUCAAGAGUGCAGUGGAGGGUCUCGACGUUGGUGUGCUUGGUGAGCCUUAACCUACACGCCGGUGCCAAUUUCGGUACUCUGGCGCACGUCCAUGGACGCUGACGCUGGACCCUUUGUACCCACCUGUCGCGCUCAGUCAACAACGUUGGCGUGUCCCACUCGAUGCCGGUGCCAUUCGCGGAGACCUCGGAUGGCGAGAUCGACUCGAUUGUCAAUGUCAAUAUCUCAUCUUUGCUCAAGGUCACAAAACUGGUCUUGCCUGGCAUGCAAAAAAGGUGAGCCGUGUCGAAAGUGAGCACUCAUCUCGACGGCAGCUUAUGCAAAUAACGUCCUGCUGUACAGACGAAGAGGACUCAUUCUCAAUCUUGGCAGCUUUGCAGGCCAAUACCCUACACCUCUGCUUGCCACCUACUCAGGUUCCAAGUCCUUCCUGAUUUCCUGGUCUCAAGCUCUUGGAGCUGAGCAACAAGGACUGCGGACAGGAGUAGACGUCGUCGCUCUUAACACAUACUUUGUGGUGAGCGCCAUGUCCAAGAUCCGCAAGUCUAGCUUCUUGGUCCCCACUCCAAAGCAAUACGUUUCGAGCGUGCUCAGCAAAGUCGGAAACAGUGGAGGGGCUGGCGGUCGACCUUUCAGCGCCACACUUUGGCCAGCUCACGCCAUGGUCGAUUGGGCACUCGCCAAUUUGCUCCCAAGCGAAGGCUGGCUUUUAGACUACUCCUUUGGCCAGUCCUUGUCCACUCGGAAAAGAGCGCUCCGCAAAGCUGAACGCGAGAGCAAGGCUCAGUAG